GCGGAGCCGGUGCGGGCGUGCGGCAGGCGCGGCGGGCCCCUGGCAUCUGGUGGGCCGAACAGACGCUGGACCAGGCCGAUGGCUUCCAAGUGGCCAGGCGUGGGGGCCUCCGGGCGGCAGGACCGAGAGCAGCUGCAGGAGCCCGAGGUGGUGCUGCGCGCCGCUGGCCAUCCAGACAUCUCCUGCGGGGCCCUGGGCUCCCUGUGCAGACAGUUCCAGAGGAGGCUGCCCCUGCGAGCGGUCAGCCUCAACCUGGGGGCGGGGCCCUCCUGGAAACGCCUGGAAAGCCCCGAGCCAGGGCAGCAGGGCCUCCAGGCGGCGGCUCGCUCUGCUAAGAACGCACUGGGUGCUGUGUCCCAGAGGAUCCAGGAGUCCUGCCAAAGCGGCACCAGGUGGCUGGUGGAGACCCAGGUGAAGGCCAGGAGGCGGAGAGGGCCACAGAAGGGCAGCAGCCCCCCAGCGCACAGCCUGAGCCAGAAGGGCGGCCGACUGCCUGGCACCGUCCCCGCCUACUUGAGCCUGGGCCCCUGGGAGGACUGCCACCGGCCCUCUGCCCACGGGGGCCCACGUGCCUACCCAGGACGGCGGUUCAGGAGGGACGCUGCCCUCCGGAGCCCCUACUCAUCGACGGAGCCCCUGUGCUCCCCCAGCGAGUCUGACAGUGACCUAGAGCCCGUGGGAGCAGGACUUCAGCACCUCCGGAAGCUGUCCCAAGAGCUGGACGAGGCCAUUGUGGCUGCAGAGGGCAGUGACAUGACCGUGUCUCUCAUCCGUGACUGAGGACGUGCCUUCAGGAUCUUUUUCGGAAAACCCUGCAGAGUUGAUGGGCCCUGCAGAGCAGGAAGUGUGCAAGACUCCCUGCCUGCCCGGAGCCAGAGCCGCUGACCUCACCGACCGUGUCCCCAGCCCGGCCCAGCAGGCCCCCGAGGAGCAGGAGCCACCUUCCAACUCCCCGUUCCCGGGGUGGCAGGCGGGGCUCGGGGGGAGACGAUGGUGCCCCCGCCUCCCCUGUCUGGAGCACAGCGGCAGGCACGCAGGGAGCUCUGGAUGGCAUGGAGCCCGCCACACUCGGCCACCAUGCCCUCGUACUAGGAUCUGUGUGUCCCCACGCGCUCCCAGGGAGGGCUCAGGGGGUGUGGGCUGCUCAGGGGCUCUGUUCCUGCCCCAGCCACGCCUGGACCUGCUCGUGGCCUCCCGUGACCUGCUCGUACCACCUGUGACCCGCCCAUGACCACACGUGACCACUCAUGACCUGCCGGUGACUGCCCGCCAGCCCAAGUCACAUGGAGGGAGAUGCGGGGAUGCUCGGUCACACUCCUCCCCAUGAGGCUCGGAAAUGCAUCAUCCCACACACACGUCAACUGUGGCUGCAUCACAGAGCUCUGGCACCCAAAGGUCCUGGAAACUCUGAGCUGUGUUCCCAGGAGGGGAGCUGCCCGGGCCCUGGGGACCCCAGCUGCCAUCCCUGCAGUCCCCACCAGAGCCCUGGGGGCCCCUCCAGCCCAUGGAUCCCCGUCUGUGCUUAGCUCAGGGCACUGGUGGGUGCGGGGAGGGGCAACCCUGCUCUCAGCCAUCUCUGCCUUCGGUAAAUUAUUUAAGGCAUCUGCUUUGUCAUUUUAUUACAAACACCCUGGUAUGUGACUUCUUCCCCGGAUAACGCUGCUCUUUUGUAAUAAAGACUCAGCUUCUGCAUGUGA